CUGAACCCGCGGCGGACAGACGCUGGGAUUAUGGAGGAUGCGGACGGAUACAGCCGCAGCCCUGCCUGGGAGGAACUGGAGCCGGACAAACCCGAGCCCGCAUCGUGCGCCACGGGGGUCCAUGCGCAUGUGGUGGGAGCCGUCGCCAGCUCCAGCGCUGCGGACGAGUCUUCCGACAGUGAUGCGGAGCAGGAAGGGCCCCAGAAACUCAUCCGGAAAGUGUCCACCUCUGGACAGAUCAGGACUAAGACGAGUAUAAAAGAGGGGCUGCUGCUGAAACAGACGAGUUCUUUCCAAAGGUGGAAAAAGCGCUACUUCAAACUGAGAGGCCGAACUCUCUACUAUGCCAAAGAUGCCAAGUCCCUCAUUUUUGAUGAAGUGGACCUAUCAGAUGCAAGUGUUGCAGAGUCCAGCACAAAGAAUGUCAACAACAGCUUCACAGUGAUCACUCCAUUCCGUAGGCUCAUCCUCUGUGCUGAGAACAGGAAAGAGAUGGAGGACUGGAUCAGUUCGCUCAAGUCUGUCCAGUCCAGAGAGCAUUACGAGACAGCACAGUUUAAUGUGGAGCAUUUCUCAGGGAUGCACAACUGGUAUGCCUGCUCCCAUGCACGGCCCACCUUCUGCAACGUCUGUAAAGAUAGCUUGUCUGGAGUCACGUCUCAUGGCCUUUCCUGUGAAGUGUGCAAAUUCAAAGCUCACAAACGAUGUGCUGUCAGAGCCACUAACAACUGUAAGUGGACCACCCUGGCUUCCAUAGGGAAGGACAUCAUUGAAGACGAGGAUGGGGUUGCCAUGCCUCAUCAGUGGCUGGAAGGCAACCUGCCCGUCAGUGCCAAAUGUGCUGUGUGUGAUAAGACAUGUGGCAGCGUCCUAAGGCUUCAAGACUGGCGAUGCCUGUGGUGCAAAGCUAUGGUGCACACAGCCUGCAUGGACUUGUACCCUCGCAAGUGUCCUCUCGGUCAGUGUAAAGUUUCCAUCAUUCCCCCCACAGCGCUCAACAGCAUUGAUUCAGAUGGCUUCUGGAAGGCCACCUGUCCCCCAUCGUGUGCCAGUCCUCUCCUGGUCUUUGUAAACUCAAAAAGUGGUGACAAUCAGGGGGUAAAAUUCCUUCGACGCUUCAAGCAGCUUCUCAACCCGGCUCAAGUCUUCGACUUGGUCAACGGUGGGCCACACCUUGGCCUGCGCCUGUUUCAGAAGUUUGACAACUUCCGGAUCCUGGUGUGUGGCGGUGACGGCAGUGUGGGAUGGGUCCUCUCUGAGAUUGACAAACUUAACUUACACAAGCAGUGCCAGCUGGGAGUGUUGCCCCUGGGCACAGGUAAUGAUCUGGCGCGGGUGCUAGGAUGGGGUCCAUCGUGCGAUGAUGACACUCAGCUGCCACAGAUCCUGGAGAAACUGGAGAGGGCCAGCACCAAGAUGUUAGACCGCUGGAGCAUCAUGACCUACGAGAUCAAGAUCCCACCCAAACACAGCUGUCCCACCACCCCCGAGGGAGCGGAUGACUGCCAGUUUCACAUUUCAGCAUAUGAAGAUUCAGUAGCUGCUCACCUAACAAAGAUCCUCAACUCUGAUCAGCAUUCAGUCGUCAUCUCCUCUGCAAAGAUCCUGUGUGAAACUGUGAAAGAUUUUGUUGCUAAAGUGGGCAAAGCAUAUGAUAAAAGCACAGAGAACACUGAUGAGUGUGACACAAUGACUCUUAAAUGUGCCACCCUGAAUGAGAAACUGGACUCCCUCCUCCAGACCCUCAAUGCAGAGUGCCAGCCUCUGCCUCCACUUCCCCACUGCACUCCCCCAAUUGUAGAGGAGGAGCAGGAGGAAGAAGAUGAGGAGGAGGAGGAAGAGGAGGUCAGUGAGGAGAGCCUAAUGCAGCUGAAGGAGAAACUGGAGGUGGAUUUGACAGAGAAGGGUGAGGGAGGUGAAGAACCCCCACUGUUCAAAAGCAGGGAGCAGCUGAUGCUCAGAGCCAACAGUCUGAAGAAAGCUGUACGUCAGAUCAUCGAGCAGGCUGUGAGAGUGGUUGAUGAGCAGAACGCCCACACAGAGGACACAGAGCUUCCAUCAUCCCUGGAGUUCAGGAAGGACAGCGAGGACGAGAACAGAGACAGCGAGAAGGACGAAGACACCAAAGAAUUGGAAUCUGUGUCAUCUGCUAAAAGCCCCUGUUCUCCAACCGAGAGGAGAAUUAGUCGCAGCACCCAAUCCUACGGCCCCUUCACCAUCACCCCCUUCACCACCAGCAAGGAGAACCUCCCUGUGCUCAACACACGCAUCAUCUGCCCUGGUUUGCGGGCAGGGCUGGCUGCCUCCAUUGCUGGCAGUUCCAUUAUUAGCAAGAUGCUGCUAGCUAACAUUGACCCCUUCGGUGCGACACCCUUCAUCGACCCCGAUCUGGACUCUCUUGACGGCUACAUGGAGAAGUGUGUCAUGAACAACUACUUCGGCAUUGGCCUUGAUGCUAAGAUUUCGCUGGAGUUCAACAAUAAGCGAGAGGAGCAUCCAGAAAAAUGCAGGAGCCGUACCAAGAACAUGAUGUGGUACGGCGUUUUGGGCACUAAAGAGCUUUUGCAAAGAACGUACAAGAACCUGGAGCAGAAAGUCCAGCUGGAGUGUGAUGGGCAGUACAUCCCUCUGCCCAGCCUUCAGGGAAUCGCAGUGUUGAACAUUCCCAGCUACGCAGGCGGAACAAACUUCUGGGGCGGCACUAAAGAAGACGAUAUCUUCUGUGCUCCGUCAUUUGAUGAUAAGAUUCUGGAGGUCGUGGCUGUUUUUGGUAGCAUGCAGAUGGCUGUUUCCAGAGUCAUCAAACUCCAACACCAUCGUAUAGCACAGUGUCGAACAGUGAAGAUAACCAUCCUGGGCGAUGAAGGUGUUCCCAUUCAGGUAGAUGGUGAGGCCUGGAUCCAGCCCCCUGGAGUCAUCAAGAUCCAGCACAAAAACAGAGCCCAGAUGCUCACCAGAGACCGGGCAUUUGAGAACACACUGAAAUCUUGGGAGGACAAGCUGAAAUAUGACAAGCCUCCUUUACGGCCUCACCUUUACCCUCAGCAGUCUAUAGACUUGGCCACUGAGGAAGAGGCUGUCCUGUUGCAGAUGUGUGCCCGAGCUGCCGAGGAGCUCAUUACAAGGAUAUGUGAAGCUGCAAAAACCAAUGGUCUUCUAGAGCAGGAGCUGGCUCAUGCUGUUAAUGCUGCGUCUCAUGCCAUCAACAAAACACACCCAAAGUUCCCAGAGAGCUUGACGAGGAACACAGCUAUCGAGGUUGCCAGCACAGUAAAGGCCCUACAUAAUGAGACUGAGUCUCUUCUGUUGGGUCGAGUCUCUCUGCAACUGGACCCACCUGAGGAGGAACAGCUGUCCAGCGCACUGCAGUGUGUGGAGUUGGAGCUGGGCAAACUGGGAGAAAUCCUCUGGCUCUACCACAUUCUGCAGCCCAAUGAUGACGAAGACAACUCUCUGGAUUACGGCAAGAGGAACAGUCGGAGCAGCAUGUUUCGCAUAGUCCCCAAGUUCAAGAAGGAGAAGGCCGUCAAGAAGUCAAGCCCUCAAUCAGUGGAGAGAUGGGGCACAGAAGAGGUGGGCAUCUGGCUGGAACAGCUGAGCCUGGGGGAGUACAGAGACACCUUCAUUCGACACGACAUCCAAGGCUCGGAGCUGCUGCACCUGGAGAGGAGGGACCUGAAGGAUUUGGGGAUAUCGAAAGUGGGUCAUAUGAAGAGAAUUCUCCAGGGAACUAAGGAACUGGCCAAGGCCUCCAUGGUUGACCUCUGACCUGGGAGCAAAUCCUGCUCGAAAAAGGAAACAACCAAUUCCAUAAUGUGAGCAAACACGUUUGAGAGCACUGCAGGCAGUGAGGGAGUAGACAGGUAUUCAAGGAGAUCUGGAUUUAUUUUCCUCUGUUCAGAAAGACUUUGUGAUGUUGUGAACAAUAUGCAUUUCAAAAUGUUUGCCCUUUGGUGCCAAAAUGA